GUGAGGCUCUUUUCUUGGAUUUGGGGAUUCCAUCAAAUUCUAAUCUGAAAUUUUGGGGUCCCGGCUUAUUUUCUUCACUGAUUCGUUCCUUUGCUUAGACUAAUUCCUGGGCCAGACAGUAUAUUCCUCUUUGUUGGUUUUAGAAUGGGGGAGCUAGAAGUGAAGAAACAUGUCCGCUACAUUUUGUCUAUUGAAAAGAAGAAGGAUGAUUUUGAAUCUUUGGUGAUAGAGCAUCUAAGGAUGAACGGUGCAUACUGGGGAUUGACCACUCUUGAUCUUCUGGGGAAGAUUGAAACCAUUGAUCAAGAUGAAGUUGUUUCAUGGGUCAUGAAGUGCCAAGACGAAUCAGGUGGCUUUGCUGGUAACAUUGGACAUGACCCACACUUACUGUAUACCUUGAGUGCUGUGCAAAUUUUCACUCUUCUUGACAAGCUAGAUGUUCUCGACAUUGAUAAGGUGUCAAACUAUGUAGCUGGGUUGCAGAACGAAGAUGGAUCCUUUUCUGGGGACAUGUGGGGUGAGGUGGAUACCAGAUUCUCUUAUAUUGCAAUAUGUUGUCUCUCAAUAUUACAUCGUUUGGAGAAGAUCAAUGUGGAGAAGGCUGUAGACUAUGUUGUGCGAUGCAAAAAUUUGGAUGGUGGAUUUGGAAGCACACCUGGUGGGGAGUCUCAUGCAGGGCAAAUCUUCUGCUGUGUAGGUGCCCUUGCAAUAACAGGUUCUUUGCACCACAUUGACAGAGACCUCCUAGGGUGGUGGUUAUGUGAGCGGCAAGUUAAAUCUGGAGGUCUAAAUGGGCGGCCUGAGAAGCUUCCAGAUGUCUGCUACUCAUGGUGGGUUCUUUCUAGCCUGGUCAUGAUUGACAGAGUACAUUGGAUAGACAAAGAAAAGCUUGCAAGAUUCAUAUUAGACUGUCAGGACACAGAAAAUGGAGGAAUUUCAGAUAGACCUGAUGAUGCUGUUGAUGUUUUCCAUACAUAUUUUGGGGUUGCUGGACUCUCGCUUCUAGAAUAUUCAGGGUUGAAAGCCAUUGAUCCAGCUUAUGCUUUACCUGUUGAUGUUGUGAAUAGGAUCAUCUUAAAAAAAUGAGGAUUUUGUCUCCAUGAAAGUAUAUUUUCAACAUCUAUAUAUGGACAGAGGGCUCACAUGAUUUAUGUGCAACGGAAUUCAGCAAUGGCUCCAAUGACCAACCUGGAGUUUUGAUGAAUCAAGCAAAGCAGAGACUGAAAUGGAAAAUGGUGGUAAAAACUUCUUUCUGCCAAUCCUAAUGAGCUUGAGCACAUAAUCACCCAAUGAGAAUGACAAUUGCCAAUUGAAUCACACAAUAUAGUUGCUUUUUCUACAAGGUUCAUUGUUUGUUUGGGACCAUUGCAU